AGACACACAGCUAACGGCCGCAUACACACACUGGGCAGGCUGCUCCGGGCGAUCCCAGGCGGCUCGCUGUGCAGUAACUAUAAAAUGGGCGAAGAAUUAGAUCAGUUUAUUGAAGAACAGAAGGCCAAGCUUGCUAAGGACAAAGCUGCUUUGGAAAAUAAUCCACCAUAUAUGGAGAUAAGGAGCAAGAGGGCUGAAACAACAACUGUGCAACCAAACAAUCCACAAGCGUAUAUGGCUAAAGAAAACGUCCCACCAAACUGGCAGCAACAGAGAGAAGCUAUCCAAAUGAAGGAAGCAGGAGACUCUGGCUAUGGCUCAAGUCUGCCUCUUGGGGAAGAGUAUGAGAGGAAGAAGCAUAAGCUUAUUGAAGAACUGCGUCUGGAUUACCGGCGAUACCUCAGUCAGGGUAAUGCUCAGGCUAAACGAAAGAAAAAUGUGAGAACUACAGGGGAGAUUGACCCUACUACUCAAGGAUUGUCUCUUCCAAUUGGAGAGCGACUGUCAGGCAAGGAGAGAUUGCGACUUGAGAGAAACCAGGAAUACAACCAGUUUCUCAAGAUGAAGGAAGAUGAAAAUACUAGAUUUAGGGCUGAAGCACAACAUGCGCAGAUUGAGAAAUCUGUUGUGAAAAGCAGAGUAAACCCAGAACCAUACACAUCAGUACAGAUGUCCCACAGAGAUCAGGAGGUUAAGAAAGAUGCUUAUAGCUCAAUGGAGGCUUACGAGGCGCUCCUCAACAAGAGAAGAUCAGAAGAAGAUCGGUACCGCAAGGUAGACUUUGAAAUUGAAGAUGGACGAGGCAAAGUACCGAAGGAAGAAGUUGGAUAUAAAAAUUACUAUAGAUCUGAUUUGGAUGCUGAUAUAGUGGCUAGACCUCCUAAUAAUAUGUCAGACUUGGAUACGCGAAGACCACAUAGAUCGUAUUUGGACAAUAACACCAGCGGAGAUAACCUGAGAUAUGAAAUAGAGCCACAUAACCAACGAUCAGUGAGAUACAACCACCCCAAUGAGAGAAUUUUAAUGCAACGUCUUGAUGUAGAUGGCCAUGAGAACGGCUCAGAGCAAGCAUCUUAUUAUCAAGUUCGGGAAAGUAAGAAUAGAGACAGGAGAGACAGAGCACCUCCCACGGACUAUGAAGAUAAUUUCAGGGAACAGGUAAAGCAACGACCCAUCACGUCUCCUGCAAAACCGAGAGUGAAUAAGGGCAACCCUUUGCAAAUAGCUGAACGCGCAAGGUCUGCACGCCUGAAGGAAGAGGAAUUCUCCACGGGUCUUCUGCUUGGUGGAUCGGAUAGAGAUGAAACUCAGCGGAGACGAAAAGAACGUUAUAGACUAGACUUAAUGGAGCAGAUGGCAGAGCAGCAGAGAAAUAAAAGACGAGAGAAGGAAUUGGAACUGAAGGUGGCAGCUUCUGGAGCCAUCGACCCAGAGAAACAGCCUGACCGAUUAAGGCAAUUUGGAGCAAUAAAUCGUCAGCAAGAAAUGACUGAUCGGAACAUUCCUUAUCGACCUGGAGCUACCUAUGAUCCACAAAAUACUGUCAGGAGAAAUGAACCAAAACCUGCAUACGAGGAGAGAGCUCCACCUGAAAGAGCCAGAGUAGCUUUCCAAACACCAACGUUUGAACCAGCGGUCCAUGGAAAUGACUAUCCUGGGGUUGUGAACCCAUCAAGUGAACAAUUUCACAGAGGUUUAGCUAGUGCUCUUGGAGAAAUAGUUGUUCCUAGGAUUGCUGCAGUUCCCCCUCCUAAUCCACCUGUCCUGACGGAUAACUACCGGACUCCCUAUGAUGAUGCAUAUUACUUUUAUGGCGCAAGGAACCCGCUGGAUCCCAACCUGGCAUACUAUCACCCAAGCAUGCUGGGUCCUCAGAUUGCUCCUGGAGUCGGCAUUCCUGCGCCACAAAUCCUGCAACCAGAGGAUCGUGCUGUUCCUAAUGCACAGAGAGUUGUGGGUAGAAGUGGCGCAAGUUUGGGAUUUAUGCCUGAAGAGAGACCAAGGCAAUCCAAAGCGGCUGCUCAGUCCUACCAGGAUGCUCUGGCACUGCAGAUUCAGGAAAGGAACGAAAAACGCAGGAAAGAAAAAGAGGAACAAGAACAGUAUGACGCGAAACUGGAAACCGAUAUGAAAAACUAUAAUCCUUGGGGAAAGGGAGGAGGCGGUGCUCCACUUAAAGAUGCCAAAGGGAAUGUGAUCACUGACUUGAAGAGGAUGCAUAAACAGAAUGAAGAUGUUUAUCAGAAACCAGAAGCAACAGCCUAUGAAGACAACCGAUCUGUUGUUGCAUUGGAUAUGAGUUUAGCAGACAAUGCAGGAUCUUCAAGCAAAAUACCAGGGUUUGCUUUUGCAAGUAACUCCAAAUUUGCAAGAGGUAGUGUAUUUACCGAGCCUCCCACAGAACAGCAGGUUCAUCAGCAAGAAUCCUAUAAAAAUUUUCUACGCUUACAGAUUGAAGAGAAGCAACGCAAAGAAAGGGAAGAGCGGGAAAAAAUCAGACUUGAGGAGGAAAGGGAAGAAAGACGUCUUGCUGAACAAAGGGCCAAGAUUCAAAGGGAAUAUGAAGAGGAGCAGAAUAAGAAAAAGCUAAAGGAAGAGGAGCAACGGCAGAAAAAUGAAGAACUGAUUCGACUAGCGGAAGAAAGACGAAAAGAAGCAGAAAAAAAAAAAAAGGAAGCGGAAGAGAAACAUGAAGAGGAGCUCCGCCGAUUCUAUGAACAGGAGAAACCACCCAAAAUGGAAGAGGCAGAUCAGCCACCCAGGCAGCCUUCUCCAGUGAUUCCAACCCUCCAGCACAAGAAGACUGCACGUGCACAGAGGCCGCCAACAGCCGAAAGCCAGAUAUCCUUCCAAUCGCAUGAAGAAGCACAUUCUCCACCUGUUCCUGCGAGGAGAAACCAGCUGAGGGCUUAUGAGGAUAAAAAUAACGUGAUUAGUGAGCUGUCAGAGCUCCGAAAGCAGCUGAGAAGUGAGCAAAGGCGUCUAGAGGGCCGGUUACAAGACGUUGAUCGAGAUGACGAAUCUUUAGGUUCUAUGAGUGGCAGGAGGAGAGAUAAAAACUCAGUGGACAUUUUUGAACUGGCCAGGCAGAAGUUAAAGGCUACUGUGCGACGGCCAUCAUUAAAGGGGACAGAUAACAUCAACAUGCAAAAUAUCAGAGAGUUUAAUGACCUUAAAUACAGAGACACAGACACCCGAGAGGGUGUGAGAUACAUGUAUCCAGAUCCACCUAAAGAUGAUCAAACAUUAGAAAUACAGCAACAAGCAUUGUUAAGGCAGCAGCAGAAGAAUCUCAAUAGAAUGAAGAGAAGAACAUGGGUGGUAGAUGAUAUUGAACCUGCUCCUGCUUACACAUUACGCCAUACGGGAAUGUUCAAAGACUCUUCCAAUGACCUGUUGAAAACAUCCCUUUUGGAGUCCGAAAGUGCCUUUAUAGGAGAGAAUGGAGAACCGUUUCAAGAAGAUAUACCUGCAGCUUACGAUCCAGUACCGUCCGCCAGAGAGAGGAGGAGGCACAGACACAAGGCUUCAGACUAUGAAAGUGAUACCCCAGUGGUGCCUGCCAUCCCCAUACCCCAGGAUGAUCGAUUAUCCAUAAAUUCAGACUUCAGCCUCAAUGUGGACGAAGUCCGCACCCGAAAUGAGGAACGGCUAAGAAAGCUGAGUAAUCUCCAGAAGAGCUCCAGAAUCCUAGAUGAUCCAGAUGCCUUAGGGGAUGCAGAGGAUAUUCUCAAACUAUUCCCAACAAAACCCGAUAGACCUCAUUCAGUGGACACAGUAGCCACAGAUCCAUGGCUGCGUCCCGGCACAUCGGAGACACUCAAAAGAUUUAUGGCUGGCCAGCUGAACCACAACACCGCUUCCACUGAAAGUGCUAUACCUUUCAACUGGCAGGGUCUUUCUACUGCUCACGGGUGACUGAACCAAUGGGUGCCUUUAUAGUGGAAAAAAGAAUGUUAGUCACUGAUGCACUUUCCUUCUUGGGUACUUGACAGUUGUAUAUUUAA